AUAAUUUCACAUUUCCUGAUUCCCGUGCUAUAAAAGAGGCUUCCUCACUGGCAGAAACGAGCAGAGAGAGACAAGGAGACCGAGACAGCGGCUGAGAUCCUGCGAAACCCAGAUACCAAGAGAGAUGUUUCAAAUUGGAGGCCUCAUUGUCCUCUGUGGGCUGCUGGCCCAGUCCACAGCCCAGCUCGGUGGCCUGCCAUUGCCACUGGGCCAAGUUGUACCCUUACCGUUGGACCAAGGUCUGCCCUUGUCUGUGACUCCAGCUGUGCCUUUGAAGCCCAAAGAUCCUGCGGGAAGCCUGAAUGGCGCCCUCACCAAUGGCCUGCUCUCAGGGGGUCUGCUGGGCAUCCUGGAAAACCUUCCACUCUUGAACAUUCUGAAGCCUGGAGGAGGCACUUCUGGUGGUCUAAUUGGGGGCCUCCUUGGAACACUGACUUCAGGGAUCCCUCUCCUGAAUAACAUCAUCGACUUAAGGAUCACUAAUCCCCAGCUGCUGGAACUUGGCCUUGUGCAGAGCCCUGAUGGCCAUCGCCUUUAUGUCACCAUCCCUCUGGGCCUGAACCUUGAAUUGAAAUUGCCCAUGAUCACAAGUCUACUGGAGCUGAACCUGAGGCUGAAUGUCACUGCAGAAGUCUUAGCUGUGAGAGACAACCAGGGGAGGGUCCACCUGGUCCUUGGUGACUGCAUCCACUCCCCUGGCAGCUUGCACAUCUCCCUGCUUAAAGGAGUUGCUCCUCUGCCCGUUCAAGGCCUUCUAGAUGGCAUCACAGAUAUCCUCAAUAAAGUGCUCCCUGAGCUGGUACAGGGCAAGGUGUGCCCUCUGGUCAACGAGGUGCUCAGCCACUUGGAUGUCACCCUGGUACAUGACAUUGCUGAAUUACUGAUCCAUGGGGUACAAUUUGUCAUCAAGGUCUAGGCUUCCCAGGAAGGGAACCUGCCUCUUCUGUGCUAGUCUCUCUCCUAUACUCUCCGUCCCACAGAACCAUUUGUUGCUGUUCAGUGCCUCCUUCCUGCCCAGCUUCCAGAAGGACAGCUCAUGUGCUGGCAAGUGACAAAGCUGCUUUCUUCACAAGUAACCUGCUUGCCCUCCUUUCUCAGGCCAUGAGAGCAUCCCAUGGUCCAUACCAAAUAAACUUGCUCUUCUUUGCA